ACACAAUACCAUUGCACCUCAUCAUCAAAAACCCUAAUCUUUUACUCUUGUCUAUCCACAAUGUUGCGUCUCAUUUUCACCCUCUUCUCCAUCCUCAUCCUUUCCCACCAUGUUUCGUCCCUAGACUUUUGUGUAGCCGAUUUGAAGGGCCCGUUAACUCCAUCCGGCUACACUUGCAAGUCCCCAGCUAGUGUAACUACCGAGGAUUUUGCAUUUGGACUUGGCAAAGCCGGAAACACAUCCAACAUCAUUAAGGCUGCGGUCACUCCGGGCUUUGUGGGUCAAUACCCGGGCCUUAAUGGUCUAGGAAUUUCUUUGGCACGACUCGAUCUUGCCCCGGGUGGUGUCAUACCAUUCCACACACACCCUAGCGCAACCGAGGUUUUGCUUGUUGUUCAAGGAUAUGUUCAAACUGGAUUCGUUGCAUCUGAUAACAAAGUUUAUUAUAAGACACUUAAGAAGGGAGAUGUGUUUGUUUACCCACAAGGAUUGUUGCAUUUUCAAAUAAAUGCUGGUGGAAUUGCGGCCGUUGCGUUUCCUUUCUUCAGUAGUCCCGACCCGGGACUACAAAUCCUCGAUUUCGCACUGUUUGCGAAUGAUUUGCCUACUAAGAUAAUUGAGACAACCACUUUCCUUGAUGAAAAGACAAUUAAGACACUUAAAGGUGUUCUUGGAGGAACCAAUUAAUUAAUUAAGGAGUUUGGUUAGAACUACUCAUGUUUGAUUCUUCAUUGUUCAGCUGAUGAUCAGCUAGCCCAGUCCAAUUUGUUAUUUUUAAUGUUUAUUUUGAUUGUCAUUGUGCAUUGUAAUUUAAGUAUUGUUUUUAAUUAAGCAUGGAUGCUUUUUUUAAAGUUGUCCGAAGUACUA